UAGGUUAAAUUACACGUGUACGACGAUCCAAGAAGAUAGAAAUAAGUUAAAAAGCUUGAUAUUGUAAGAUAAAAUCACAUUUGCAUUAUAUAAAUUCUCCAUAUAGUUAUCUGUAAUCUAAUAUGGGAAAGUUGGACGUUAAAAUAUUACGAUAUUUAACCCCGGAAGACUUUCGUGUUCUGACAGCGAUUGAAAUGGGUAUGAAAAAUCAUGAACUCGUACCUGCAUUACUUGCCACACAAAUAGCGAAUCUGCGUUAUGGUGGAGUUCACAAAUUACUAAAAGAAAUGUGCAAGCAUAAAUUGCUCAGUUAUGAACGAGGCAAACGGUAUGAUGGUUAUCGUUUGACAAAUGCUGGUUACGAUUAUUUAGCCUUAAAAGUUUUAACGCAUAGAGGAACAAUCCAUUCCUUUGGUAAUCAGAUUGGUGUUGGCAAGGAAUCUAACAUUUACAUUGUUGCCAAUGAAGAAGAGACUCCGCUUUGUCUAAAGUUACACAGAUUGGGUAGAACAUGCUUUCGAAACAUUAAAGGAAAGAGAGAUUAUCAUCAGCAUAGACAUUCUGUAUCUUGGUUAUACUUGUCAAGAAUCUCUGCAACUAGAGAGUUUGCAUAUAUGAAAGCACUUCUGGAUAGAGGUUUUCCUGUGCCAAAACCAAUUGACUUUAACAGGCACUGCGUUGUUAUGGAGCUGGUUGAAGGUGGACCUCUGUGUAAUAUAAAUGAAGUAGACAAUGUUGAAACAUUGUACGAUGAGCUCAUGGAUUUGAUUGUUAGAUUGGCGAAUCAUGGUGUUAUACAUGGAGAUUUCAAUGAAUUUAACAUAAUGAUCAAAGAUGAUGGCAAGCCUGUUAUCAUUGAUUUUCCUCAAAUGGUUUCUACAGAACACGAGAACGCAGAAGCAUAUUUUGAAAGAGAUGUGAACUGUAUCCGUGAUUUCUUUAAGAGACGUUUUGGAUAUGAGAGCGAAUUAUAUCCAACUUUUCAAGAUAUAUCACGUGAGGACAGCAUAGAUACUGAAGUCAAAGCCAGUGGCUUUACAAGGCAAAUAGAAAAAGAAAUUGAUGCUUUUUUAACAGAAAAUGGCAUUGAUUAUAAAGAAGAAAAAGACAAUAUAGACAAUGAAGACAGUGAGGACAGUGAGGAAGAAAAAUAUGAGAAUUGUGUUGAUAAUAUUGAGGAUUUGAAAUAUCAAUUAAAAGGUUUACAACUUCAAAACGAAAUUGUUGUAAAAGAAGGAUUUGAUGCUUCAACAAGAGAUUUAACUUUAAAUAAUGAUGAUGAACAUUUGAAGAAAAUAUCUAUGGUGCCAUGUCCCGACAAGCGAAGUAAUACGGAAAAUGAAUGUGAACAAAAUAACGAAGAUGUAACAGUAGAAAAUGUAAAGGCCAAUGAAAAACAUGAUAAUUUUACAUCGUAUGAUUUAUCAUCAAAUACGGAAAACGAAGCAGUACGUUUUUAUGAUACACGAAGUAUUUUAACAGUUGCUACAAUUGCACCAGAUUUGAUAAAAAAGAGAACAAAGUUAGCACUUGACAAACGCGAGAGAAGCCAAGCAAAGAGAACACUUGCUAAAGGAGAAGCAAGCGCAGUAACGAGGAUACGAAGAGAUAAUAGGGCUACAAUUAAAGAAUCAACGGGAAUUUGGGGUUGGGAAUAAAGUACAAGUUAUUGAGAAAAUUUGUCGGUCUUAAGAAGCGACAGUUCAAUCUUGAGUGCAAAAGGAGCAUUUCUCUGUAGAGGUACACUUGGUACAUCAUCAAGAGAGGGUAUUUUGUUUAAUCUAUUUGUUUUGUCUCCUCUGUUGCGUAUUAUACAUUUCGUUGUCGUAACGCAACACGCGAGC